AUGAAGUUUCUCUCGCCUUCCGCUCUCGUCCUGUCGCUAUGGGCCGCGGGUUUUGCCUCUGCAGAUUUCCACAUCGUCGAAAUGCCGGGCACCACGGAAAAGCUGGCAGUUCCGUCGAAUAAAUACAACUGCGGUGGAAUUCAAUAUGCCCUCGAUAAUAACAACAAGCUCAAGGGUGCUAUUGGCUCAUCCUUCAUGUCGAUGCAUGGCGCCAAUCUCUGCGGGGCCAAGAAUCUCGACUUUUACAAGCAGUCUGAUGGAACGUACGUGUUUUAUAUUCACAAUGGAGACGGUUCGGCACAGGGCCAGUGCUUUCAUAAUGAAUCUUCGAGGGGGAAGAUUGGGGCUUGCGGCCGCGGCCGUGGAGAUGUGUAUGCAGAGAAGUUUGUUUGCUACACCUAUUUUUGUAAUAAAUGA